ACAACCGCCCGGCGCAUCGGAAGGAGAACGUCGGCAACACGAAACUGACAAAACGAUGCACAUGGACUUGCUGCGCCGGCGGGCACCGACACAUACAGACAUGUGUGGAUGGAUUUCACCGACCAGCAUCGACACAGCUCUUAUAAUAUAGCGUCUGCGCUCGCUCCCUCAGAAUCGUACCAGGUUGCACUGACAUGGUAAUGAUUGUUGAAUGGAACCGGACGGCUGUGGACCAGAAGAGCAGCAGGGGUUUGCCAAUGACUGGUGAAGACACUGGUUUGGGGGCUUUGGCCUCACCACUGGCAGGGUAUUUGGGAAAAGUUCAGGAAAGAGCUGCAUCACUGGAGCAUUGUCCCUGGUGUACUUCAAAGGGCUCAACCUAUGCUCUGCGCUCAUACCGCAUCAACCUCCAGGAGUCAAUCACCCUCUGCACAAACCCACAGUGCCUCUUCCCUCUGGUCAGUCACUCCUUGGAGGAUGUUUUGGCUAGAUUGGUUCCUGCGGAGCCCACGGUUGGGAACAAAAGAAAAACUCCCCUGCCACUGGAUGAGGAAGAGCUGAUUAUACCCUCCCCCAAACGCCAACGAUCAAGUGAACUUGAUAGUUUUGGGACACCAAAUGUUACCGACACGCUUUACCGCCAAGCAGAGCGCUGUGCUGUCAGUAAUGGCCAACAUGCGGGACCCGAGGCAGAUGGUGAAAAGGUUAAUGGAUACAACGGGGUCUUUGAUUGUCCAGCUGCAGAGACAGUGGGGGCAUCGCUGCAGGUUGAGGAUGUUGUUCUGGAGAUGGAAACAGACAGUGCUGCCUGUACAGAAGGUUUUGUUCCCCCUGCAUGCUCGGCCUCAGCUGGACACCUGCAGAGCUCAUCAGAAGCCUUGUUGGCUGCUGCUGGGGAUUGUUGUGGGGCUCUCGGCAUGUCAGAGGCAGAGAAUGACUCCCGGCAGGUGAAGAUUCACCCUGAGGUGCUGAACAGACGAUGCAGUCUGGUCACUAAUCAGUCCAACUCCACAAAUGUGGCCAUUUAUUCAACUGAAAUCAAUGGUCCAUCGCUUCAGCUCAAGGAGCAGACUGCAGGAACGGAGCAGAUAUCACUGACAGCAGCCGUCAUCAAGGACAUAGCAGACAUUAAAUUAGAAACUCAGGAUAUUUCUCCUACCCCACUAACCGACUCAGAGAAGCUUGUAUCUGUUCCAAAUCAUCUUUUCUGGCGGAACAGGGACAAACUGUGUUGGCUGGACUCGCUGCUCGCUGCUCUGGUAAACUGUAAGAGCUUGGGAAAGUGUAAACCUCGAGACGAGCCUCAGCGAUCAUCUGUCUGGCAGCUGAUGACAGAAUAUGAGGACAUUUGUGCUGCUGUUCAAGUUCAUCAACAGACCAACACUGAUGGUGUGGUGAGGGUGUCAAAUCAUGUGCUGCAAACGGCCAGUGAAGAUCUACACAGUCUCAGGAUGUCGGUCUUCAAACUGCUGCAGCCUAAGCUGCACUGCAAGCUGGGUCAGAAAGAAAGUCCGGUAUUUGCCAUGCCGCUUCUGCUCUCAUUGGACUCCUGGGCGGAGCCUCUCUUCCAGUCGACCUUUCAGUGGGAGUUCAAGUGCAGUGCAUGUGGAGCGGCUUCCUCAGAAAGGGUCAUGAAAACUCUUCCCUCCUUCACAAAUAUUGUGCCUGAUUGGAACCCACUUCAUGCCGUUCAUCUGGCUCCGUGCAAUUUUUGCUGCAGAAAGAAGCAAAGGAGGACGAUGAUACUGAAGAGUGUGCCUCCAGUGUUUAUGCUGCACUUUGUCGAGGGGCUCCCUGACAGUGACGUCAGAAUGUACAGCUUCGCCUUCAAAGGGAGACGCUACUCGGUCACCGCUGUCAUACAGUACAACCAUCGACUGAAGCACUUUGUCACCUGGAUUAGUCGUCCUGACGGCUCAUGGCUGGAAUACGAUGACUUGAAACAUCCAGAAUGUAGGACCCAUCAGAAGCUCCCGGUCCCUGCCCAGGAGAUGCACAUCGUGUUUUGGGAAGUGGAGGAGGAGAAAGAGCCUCGUCUCUGUUCUCCCUCCAGCACAUUUACUGACUCUCCCCCAUCAAGAGCUGAGAGGAUCCCCACUGUAAACGUACCAGCAGCAGAGGAAGUGUUGGUUUGCUCCCCCGACCAGUCUCUCCUCGCACAUCACGACACUGACAAUAUCUCUGUGCUCUCAGAAGACGGCAGCAGCAGCAUCAUGGACACGACCAUUCCAGCCGACACAUCCAUAGGCUCCACGACGCUGCUCGAAACCUUCGAGGGCCUCAGCCAUAACGACAUCAUUACACUCACACUGGUGGAGUUAAAAACGGAUUCAGCGAUGACGCCUGUAGACGACAAGAGAAGUCAGGGUUUGAGCGACCCCUGUAAGAAUGAAACGCUCAGUGCGUCUCCGGACAGCUCCUCCACUGUGAUGGGUGGUGAGAUGUGUCACGCCCCCGAUGAUGGUCCUCCCUCCACCCCCGACACUGAGUCUGGGGAUGGCUCGACGAGCGAUCCCACAUUUGUGCCGGCCGCUGCCAGGAGAGGACGAGGGAGAGGAACGGGCAGAGGAACGGGCAGAGGCAAAGCUGUCGGUAGACAAAAAGAUACAAAAGCCGUCUCAUCAACAGCAGCUCCACCUGUUUCACCACCUGUGAUGUCGGAGCCCACUGAAGAAGUCAGUGACAAACCCGAGGCCGCCGCAGCUCAGGAAGAAACGCUACCAAUUGAAACUACCACGCCCCCCUCGCUUUCUACUGGUACCAGUCAGAACAAUCUCACAAAGCAAUCAGCACUGGUUCGACACACACGCUGGUCCUUCCUGCUCAGCAAACACCCUGCGAACAAGUCCGACGACAAAUUCACCCCCACCUUCACACCCGCCUCGGCCACACAAGUGAAGCCCACUCCCACCCCUCGCUCUAUCCCCACCCUCGCUCUAUCCCCACCCCUCUCUCUAUCCCCACCCCUCUCUAUCCCCACCCCUCGCUCUAUCCCCAACCCUCGCUCUAUCCCCACCCCUCGCUCUAUCCCCAACCCUGUGAAGAGACAGCAGCAGACUCCUGGAGGAAUCCUCCCCAAACCACAGCUCAGGCUAGAGGAGAGUGACAGUCUCCCUCUGAAAGCUGCAGAAAUGUACGGUGGAUUUGGCAACAAGAGCUCUAAGGCACCAAGUCCACUGGCGUCCCCCGCCCCUCUCUGUGGAAAAUCAACGCCGUUUUCACCCAUCACUUCUCUCUCCCAAAUAUCACUAAUGAACACAACAUUGGUGUCUGCUACAAUCGUCCCUACGCCCAAAAAGAACGGGCACCCUGAGAUCUCCUCCAGAGGCCAGUCGUCCAAGGUUCCUCCAGAUCUUAGUGACACGGACGCCCUCCGCUACAAGCUGCUGAAGAAACUGAAAGCGAAGAAGAAGAAGCUCGCCAAGCUGAAUCAAAUGUUGGGUCAUCCGCGUGGAGCGUGCCUCCGACCAGACAGCACUGACCUGACCUCUCCCAACACUGUUACCUCCAGUACGUACGACGGCUCCACCUGCGACGACUUCCUCUCAGAUCUGCUCUCGCCCGCAACCACAGCCAGCAACCUGUCGCCAGACAGCACCGACUUCCUUGAGAUGCUCGCCAAAGGACAGAAUGGAGUCAACCAGUUGGACUACGGGGUUAAUGCUGGUGGGGCAGUGUCGCAACCAAAUGCUUUUAUAAACGGGGCCGACACUGAAAACUUUAUGGACGAGUUUCUUUCCCAGGCUGUGACUCAAGGGCCGACGGCGCUGGAGAGCGAGGCUCUAAGUGGACUUGAUCUGUUCAUGUAAACUGUGGUGAAAUGUUUUCUUCUGCUGCACAGAUAACCUCCACACUGACUUCCUGUUGUGAGAAAAUUAUGCAAAAAUGUUCUUAUUUAACUAUCUGCACCUCAUCUAUUAGGAGGGAUGGGUUCGUGCAGCAACUAACGAUUUGGUAAUAACCCAAGAUGCGUUUGCUAAUGAACAUCUUAUCAAAGUCUUUAUUGUCGUUCUUUCUCUAAUUCAUUUGGUUUAGUCUUUAUCCUCCCUCCCACACUACAGACAUCCAUAUGCUGGACAAUUAGUGACGCUAUUAUCAAGACCACGCACGGCAAAGUGGUUUAAACUGUUCAUCGAAACAACUGUAAAGUUUAUUAUUUGUGUGGUGGUAGUGACAGUGAACAAAUCUGUUUGAAUAUUCGGAAACCAUCAUGUUAAAAAUAAGAACUCGAGCCAAUUCCUAUUCUAAAUGUUUGGCUGCACAACGGUGACGAAACUGGUGAAAAUGCUGCAUCACUUAAAUGCAGCACGGUGACGAGGUUUAUGUUUGAAGUGUCAUGAAUCACAUAAUAUCUUUAUGAAAUAAAGGCGGUAAUUAUGCAUCUUUAAAUCAAAAAGAAGAAUCUAGAUUGUAAAAUAUCAUGUUAUAUAUUUUGUUUAUUGCACUGAGGGAAAUUAGAUCACAUCUCACUCUAAAUAAACGAUUCAAUAAGGAAUUCAAAUUUUAUCAAAUGCUUUUGAACCUGAUCGUUCACACGUCAGUUCAACUCAUGAAAAUGUUAUCUGCCAGUAAAAGUAGUGAAAUAUAAAAUUGCUCUAUGUACAUGUUUAUAGUUUCUUGAUCAUUUCUAAAAACUUCAUGAAGUUUGAAUGUGUCAAUGUUUGCUAUGGUUUGUUGAACAAAAUGUAUUAACGGCAUCUUGAAGAGUUUUCUCCAACUUUGGCACUUUUGUUUGCAUGAACUGUAUGAAAGAGGUAUGAAGCCGUCGUGUUUGUUUGUUUGUUUUGUUAUUCUUGAAAAACUACUUGAAAAUUCUUGGGAACGAAGUUUCUUUUUUUAGUCUCGUUUAAUAAAUACUAUAUUUACAAA